AUGUCUCUUGUUACCAAGCUCCCGCCUUCACCCGGGCGCCGAUGCGGCAAUAUAACGCGGUCCCGGAACGGAUGCACCGAGUGUCGCAAGCGGCGCAGGAAAUGCGACGAGCAGAAGCCCACCUGCGGGCUGUGCUCCAUCUACCAUAGGGGAUGCUGGUACGCCGUCGAGCUGAAUUGGGGUGGCCGUGAGUUCAAGAAGUCGCGCUUCGGGCAAUGUCUCGACGUGAAUAGGGGCGAGGCAGCCCAUAAGAUUUAUACCAAUGGGAAUGACUUUGUCUAUGGAAGGAGGGUAUCCGUGUAUCCAUUGACUUUGCCAUUUGAUCCGACGCCGCGUCACUUGCUGAAUGGACAGCCAAUUCCCCACAGAUACCGGAGAUUGCUUGAUUACUUCAUCAAAGACGUGCUCGCGUCCAUCUCGUGCGAUACGCCGAUCCACCAGACCCUACGCGGCACCCUCGUGCCUAGCAUGCUUGACUUGCCGCACGUGUUUUCGGCCGCGCUGACGGUGGCAGUCGCUGGCCUCUCUGCUAGGGGCUUGACCCAUCUGGAUGGUACGAGCGUCGAUGUCGUCGGAGAGCAUUUGAGGACAUCCAGUCUUUCACAGCUGCGCAUUGCGCUCGAGAAGCGAUACAACGAUGAGUUCAUGUUGGCUGCAAGCUUGCUGCUCUGUCUUGCAGACUUGUACGCUGGCCGAGAAGGGAUGGAUUCGUGGCGGGUCCACCUUAGAGGGGCUGAGGCCUUCGUUACAAGCCUUGGAGAUGAGUCUGCCCUCGUAGCUAGCAGCUCACAACUCCCUGUCGGCUACUUGUGCUCUUUAUAUUCAAGUAUAGGGACAUUGGCCAACGUUGUAUGCACAGAUCACAUGGCAGUGCUAUCGCCUGUGCAAAUAUUCGGGACUAGGCUGGAUGAGAAGGGGGGUCUAAUACACGCUGUAGAUCUUGAGCGAUUCCUUGGGUAUAAUCUGGAGGUUCUCGAGAUACUGCAGCACAUAGACCUUAUAUCCAGAGCCAGACGCGAUACCGAUAUUAAGACUGAGCUGGAGCCAGAUGCUGUACGCCAAAGACUGGAGCACCUCAUUGCACAGGAUAGCUCGGCAUGUCCGUCGUUGUCGACGCCCUCAUAUGCUUCCCGAGAUGUCUUGCCUUCUCCAAUAUCUCGAGCUGCAGAGUCGCACGAUCUCCAGGUUUGCCGACGCAUGUUCCAGCAGGCAACCUUGAUACAACUAUACCGUCGGCUUUACGAUCUGCCUUCAAUCUCGACAGUGAUUCAAUCUGCCGUGGAGUCUAUUAUCCAACUAAUCAUGUCCAUGACACAGGGGCAGUACUACAGUACCUGGGUCGUGAUACUCAUGCCUUUGUUCACCGCAGGUUGCGAAGCAGUAUUCAGGCGACAAAAAGUCUUCAUACUCGACCAAAUGCAGAGACUCCAAUUCUGUCUCGGCUCACUCCAUGUAGAUCAUGCGAGAAAGGCUUUGGAGCAGGUUUGGAACGUAAGAGCAGAAAAGGGGGACGCAUCUGGCAAGCUCAGUGCCAUAGACAUCCUCCGUGAGUGA